AUGGCCAAGAAGUCGAAGAGCAAAUCCAUCGUUAAAAGCACGAAGAGUCAGGUGAAAAGCAGUCUUAGCAGCCGCGCGAAACCAAGUGAUGCAUCGGCAAGGCCGACGACGUCGACACGCGAUGGCAUUAAAUCCGUCAUGCAGUCUCGCGCCUCGCGUUCUACCCGCGAGACGCUGCGUGAGACGGUGAAUGUGGCCCGGAAAGCUCCUAGCGAUGAUCUGAUCAUCGCAGCGGUGCUGGUGGCUGCCCAGACGUUGUUGGCCUGUGUUGCAAUCUAUCUUGGCAUCGCUGAAUGGAACGACUGUCCGGUGCAGCGUCAUCUGCCGCGUAUCCUCCUCAUCACCGCGCUUUUCGUCUUGGCCAAGCAGGGCGUCGACCUUGUGACGAUGCUUAUGUACACCCGCGCACAGAAGAAGCCACCAUUGGUGGUCCUCAUUGUGCAAAUCGUCCUACGAACUGUGAUUCUUGGAAUGUUGAUUUUGAUGCUCGUGUUCUACCUGAUUGCUCGUGCCGACCGCGAUCCAGACUGGUCUCCAUCUGCAUCUGCCCCGUCCACCACCAAUCCGCCAUACCAAAGUGCUAAGCAACAGAUGGACCUGUUGAACCAGCAACCGGCAGAGAUCAAGCAAGAACCGGCUGUCUCCGAGGACAAACGCUGUGGCCCGACCAUCUACUAUGCCACCAUGACCUACGUGAUUUUGUGGCUACUGGGCCCUAUUCUCUUGAUGAUCCUGUUCUGCGCAUGCAUUGGAUGCUGCGUGCUGUUCUGUGGCCAGGCCACACAGCAAGGUGAUGAGGAAGAAGCACCCGAGACUUCCACUCGUUCGAAGAAGGAAUCGGAAAGGCCGGUCGUC